AAAACCUUGUUGAUUCCGGGAGGGAGGGAAGAGGGAGAAGGAGAGGGAAAGAGUGCCUGGCGGCUGUGGGGCUGCGCCGCGGCGGUGCGUGUGUGUGUCGCUGCGCCCGGACCCGCCUCGUCCAGCAGCAGCUGUCGCCUUCAGCUGCUGCCGCCGCGCCUGAGGAGGGAGCCGGGAGCCGGGGCUCGAGCUGAGAAGCAUACACCAUGUCUUCUGUUGAUUCCUCAAAAGAAGAUACAAUGUCAGAAAAAACAGAUGAGAAACAACCUGAAACUGAAAACAAAGCUGAGGAAAGUGAUGAAGAUGAAGAAGAGGAGGAGGAGGAAGAAGAAAAGGAGAAGAGUCUCAUUGUUGAAGGAAAAAGAGAGAAGAAGAAGGUUGACCGACUGACCAUGCAAGUUUCCUCACUGCAGAAGGAACCUUUUACAGUUACACCAGGAAAAGGACAAAAACUCUGUGAAAUUGAGAGGAUACAGUUCUUUCUGAGUAAAAAGAAAACAGACGAACUUAGGAACCUGCACAAACUCCUCUACAACAGACCAGGCACUGUUGCAUCCCUAAAGAAGAAUGUGGGUCAGUUCAGUGGGUUUCCAUUUGAAAAAGGAAGUGACCAAUAUAAAAAGAAGGAAGAAAUGUUAAAAAAAUUUAGAAAUGCAAUGUUGAAAAGUAUCUGUGAAGUUCUUGACUUGGAAAGAUCAGGAGUUAACAGUGAGCUCGUAACCAGAAUAUUAAACUUCCUAAUGCAUCCAAAAUCUUCUGGCAAGCCAUUGCCAAAGUCCAAAAAACCACAAAGCAAAGGUGGCAAAAAAGAGCGGAGUAGCUCUGGAACAGCAAGAAAAGCAAAACGCACCAAGUGCCCAGAGAUCUUGUCGGAUGAAUCCAGUAGUGAGGAAGAUGAAAAAAAGGAAAAGGAUGAGUCUUCAGAAGAAAAAGAAAGUGAAGAUGAGCCCCCUAGAAAAGCAUCUAAAAGAGAAAAAUCUAAAAAGAUGGCUUCUAAAACCAAGAAAGCUGUGAAGGGUGCAAAUGUCAAGAAGGCAGACAGCAGCACUACUAAGAAAAACCAGAACAGUUCUAGAAAAGAAAGCGAAUCUGAGGAUAGUUCAGAUGAUGAACCUUUAAUUAAAAAACUGAAGAAACCACCCACAGAUGAAGAACUGAAGGAAACUGUCAAGAAUUUGUUGGCCAAUGCAAACUUGGAGGAGGUUACAAUGAAACAGAUCUGUAAGGAGGUGUAUGAAAAAUAUCCUAGUUACGAUUUAUCUGACAGAAAAGACUUCAUCAAAAAAACAGUCAAAGAGUUGAUUUCAUGACCUGAUUUGACUGUGGGAAAUGAAGAUUCCUGGGCUUAUGUUUCCAUGGAUUUGAAGAUCUGAUAGGCACCAGCAAAAGGAAUGUUGUCUUACCCUUGUGGUAUUUAGUCAGAGCUAAUUCUGCUGAUCUAAUAUUGAGUGUUAAUGUAAAUUGCUUUGUGUGGUUUUUUGUUUUGUUUUUUUAAACAGAACUGCAUUUGAUUCAAUUUUUAGUUGAACAUACAUAAGUUUCAUGCAUGGCAGUAAAUGUUCCCUUUUUUAUAGUUUUGUACAUUUUGAAUUGCAUUGUGUAACUAGAUUCAUUAAAGCCAUCGUAGCUUUUUAGCGUGGAUUACCUGCCUACAGGAGAUUUUAAAAUUGACUAAGAUGAAAGCUGCUUAUCUACACAUAUACAUGCAGAGACUGGAAUAUUGCAGUAUUGGUUACAAAGAUAUUUUGAAGACAUUAAUUCUGACAAUAGGAAGAGUUAGUCACGUAUUAAUCUCUUCUAUAUUCUGAUUAAUUCUACCGAUACAGAACUACUCUGAAUCUAGAUCAGUCUUGCAUGUGUAGGCACUGAAAGAACUAUCACAGCAUGGUAACUAAUUGGCAUAUAGGUGUUAUUUUUGUACUUUUAAAAGGCUUUUUGUUGUGUAUAUAAAGUUAUUUCAAAUUUCUUUUGUGCAAAUCAGUUUUUUAAUCUUGGUAUCUUUGAAUUUAUGACAUGAAAUGUCAGUGUGAGGCAGUGACGCAGUGAUAACAAGUGGUGUGCAGAAGUUUCAUGAAAAUGAGCUUAGGUUUCAUUUAAUUUAAACCUGUAGUUUAACUUUAUACAGAGACCACAGACAUUGAAACAAUGUCUUGGAUGUAGUAAAUAAAAUCCCUCCAAAGGCAAUAGGAAAAUUUCUAAAGUUCACUUUGCAAAAUAUCUUUUAUGUUGGUGUCUUGACCUGAUGGCCUAGCAUCUCAGAAGUGGCUAUCCAAGAGCUGGAGGCUUGAUAGCUUUGGAAAUCCACAGGGCUUCCAAAUUGGGCAGCACUGAUGUGAACAUAUGUUUAACCUCUCUUCUGUGUGGGAACGCUUUUCUGAACCUGAGCUUCAUUGCCCCAGUAUGGACAAUGGUACUUGUAAGCCUGCAGUCUUGAACUUUGGCUGGCAGCUUUUAGGAUCAAAGCAAACUCUUUGCAUAAAUUUUUUGUUUAGGUUUACUCUUCUGCAUACACCUUGUUUCUAACAUGGGAAGUCCUACACUUAAAAUCAUAAAACUAAGAGCUGCCGAAGUGUGGGCUGCCAUUCACACCAUGAGCACAGAAUCCCUCUGACUAGUAUUGCUGGAAAGACAAAGUGUAUUUUUUUGAAUUUUAUUAUUGUACAGAUGAGAAGUAAGGGUUCAUAAAUUAUCUAAAUUCCAAAAAUGUUCAGCCAGUCAGACUGUUGAUCUUACACACUCUUUUGAAUUUCUUUGCGUGUAACCAUUUAUAAAAAGGCUGAAUGUAAUGGGGAUUUUUUGUAUUCAAUAAAUGUCUUUCACAAAAAUGUAAAUCAGUUUUAAUCUAACAUUUGCUUACAUGUAUAGUAAAAACAAAGCCUAUACAGGAACAAGGUUGUUUGUCUUUAUCUCAUCUGCUAGAAACUAUUGGCUUUUCUUCUUUAGAAGACACUAUAGCUGAAAUGUGUGUCCUUGCACUGGGAUUUUAUGUCUUCUGUGAGGUUAAUUUGUGCUUUGUUUUGUUUUUUUGUGGGUUUUUGUCUCUGAACUGUCUUAGUAGAAAGAACACUUCUUAAUUUGCAAUUAAAAAUGUCAAAAAUUUCCAAGUCAGUCUUAAGAGCAGAAAGUUACUUGUAUUUAGUUUUGAUGUUUUACAAAUACUUGAAUGAUCUUUUGAUUUUUAUGUAAAUGUACUAGCCAGUUUUAAUGAUAUGGAUCAGGAAGUGUUUUUAAGAUUCACAACUCCAAAGUAUAAACAUUUUUAAAAUAGUUUGAAGUCUAGUGAAAACUUAGAAAAGGAUAGCAUACUUCUAUUUAUUGUAUAAAUGCAUUACUUGCCACUUUGGAAUUGCACUGAUGGAAUGGAAAUGAACUUGACAUCCUUCAAAUGCUUUGUUUAAAUCUCUUAACAAGUCGGUGUUAGGCCUCAAUGGAGAAGAAAUGCCUGUUUCCUAUCAAAUCCAAACCAGUCUGGCUGCAGCUGAUACAAGAUUCCAGUUCUUUCUGCAACUGGGAGAAAGGCUGCAAGACAGUACAAAAAGGUAAAUAAAUGUCCUGCUUAUCCUGAUGCUGAUGGUUUAGAAGCACAUCUGAUCAAGGAUCUAAAUCCUGUUCACAGAGUCUCGUAAAAAUAGAAAUGGGUUCACUGGAUAAAAGGUAACUGAAUAAAUUGUUCAGGUGUGUACCUUCCAGAUGCUUAAGGUAAUGCCCUGACCAUUAUAUUCUAGAGAAAAAAUAGUCCUAAGAUCUUGAUUUGAUUGCUUCCAGCAUAAUUCCUACAAUCCGAUGUAUCAGUUCUUCUUUAGUUAAAGUAUUUUAAUAUAUCUUCUUUAGUUCAGUAUUUUGGUUGGUGACUUGCAAAACCACAAGUUAAUCUGAAUGAUUUCCAUGUAUAAACAGCUGUUCUUAUGAGCACUUGUGGCAACAGUAUAUGGGCCUUGCAGGAGAAGGAAGAUGGAAAGGGCCAAGUGGGGAGGAGAUCAGCAAUUUGGAGUGAAAAGAGGUUACAUGCAUUUAGAGUUAUGUGGUAACCCAUGGCAUAGUGGUCAGGCAUGUCUAACCAAGAUGAAAUUACAAAGACAGCUGUAAAUUCCAUCCCACUUUCUUUCCAGAAGCUCUAAACUAACAGCCUUCUUGGACCUGACCAGGUGGUUUAUAGGGUCUGUUGUCUUUCUGUGUUACCCUGUUAAAAGCACAUGACAAAGCAAGAUCUAAGAAUUGUCUGAGUUUGUAUUAGCCAUUGCUAAGCUGUACUUGAAAAUAACCCUUUUGGAGGCCCAUACUUAAUCUGGACAAAUAAAGCCCCUGGAUGUCA